AUGACUUUCCCUAUCAUUCCAUUGUACGGUAGUGAUUUCCAAGCCACUUUAACUGCUAAACCUUUCUUAAGAUUAGUAGGUGAUGUUGCCCUUGAUGCUUCCGCUUUUAAAAAUGAUACUGAUGUUCUCAACGCAGUAAAACAACUAUUAAAAGGUUCUGCUAGAACUGUUUCUUUAGUGCUUACUGGUGAUAAAGAAUUCGAUGAAAAUCAAUUGAUUAAUUUAUUAAACAACGGUGUCUCUAGUUUACUCACCAACACAGCCAUUCCUUUUGAUUCUAUUCCAAAAGCUAGAGUUUUAGAGAUUCCAUCUACAAUUACAUUAACUAACAAGAUCACUUUACAAUCUUUCACCAAGACAUUUUUAUCUCAAGUGAAAACCGAUAGAAAAGACGGUCUAUACACUACACUAGUUGUAGACGAUAAGGAACGUUGUCUAGGAUUAGUCUAUUCAUCCAUUGGAUCUAUUACACAGGCUAUCUCUCAACAAGUCGGUGUAUAUUUCUCUCGUUCUAGAAAUGAAAUUUGGGUGAAAGGUUUAACCUCGGGUAACACUCAAUCCUUAUUAUCUAUCGAUAUUGAUUGCGAUGCUGAUGCAUUGAAAUUCACCGUUUCUCAAGUAGGCACUGGUUUCUGCCACAAUGGUACUCAAUCAUGUUUCGGUGAUCUUACCUAUGGUUUAACUGGCUUAGAACACACUUUAAACGAUAGAAUGAUUAAUGCAGUCGAUGGUUCAUACACUCAAAGAUUAUUUAAGGAUGAAACUUUAUUAAAUGCAAAGAUCAAAGAAGAAGCUGAAGAAUUGACAGAGGCUGUUACUAAAGAUGAAUUAGCUUGGGAAGCUGCCGAUUUGUUCUAUUUCGCAAUGGUUCGUCUUGUUGCUAAUGGUGUUAGUUUAGCCGAUGUUGAAAGAAAUCUAGGUAUGAAGAAUUUAAAAAUUACUAGAAGAAAAGGUGAUGCCAAGGAGAAAUUUUUGGCUAAGGACACAAAGAAUAAUGAUAAUACUCAAGAACCAGCUGCAAAGAAGGCCAAGGUUGAAAGAACUCUAGGUUCUAAUGAUAAGAUAUAUCUAGAUGUUGUGAAUUCUACCGAUCUUGAAGGUGUCACCAAAGCAGUAACAAGGCCAAUUCAAAAGACAUCACAAAUCAUGCACUUGGUUAAUCCAAUUAUUGAUAACGUUAGAAAAAUUGGUGACAAAGCUCUUAUGGACUACACUAAAAAAUUUGAUGGUGUUGACUUGAAGGCACCUGUGUUAGAGGCACCAUUCCCAGAAGAAUAUUUGGAAGGUCUAACACAAGAAAUGAAGGAAGCCCUUGAUUUAUCCAUUGAAAAUGUACGUAAAUUCCAUGCUGCACAAUUACAAAAGAAACCUUUAGUAGUCACCACACAACCAGGUGUAGUUUGUUCCAGAUUCCCAAGAGCAAUUGAGAAAGUCGGUAUAUAUAUCCCAGGUGGUACUGCAAUCUUACCAAGUACUGCUCUUAUGUUAGGUGUUCCUGCUCAAGUGGCUGGUUGUAAAGAAAUCGUCUUUGCCUCUCCACCACGUAAAUCCGACGGUAAAGUCUCCCCAGAAGUUGUAUAUGUAGCUAUAAAAUGUGGUGCCUCUAAGAUCGUUUUAGCUGGUGGUGCUCAGGCUGUCGCUGCAAUGGCUUAUGGUACUGAAUCUGUUCCAAAGGUUGACAAGAUCUUGGGUCCAGGAAAUCAAUUCGUUACUGCUGCCAAGAUGUAUGUUCAAAAUGAUACUCAAGCUCUAUGUUCUAUUGAUAUGCCAGCUGGUCCAAGUGAAGUUCUUGUUAUUGCUGAUGAAGAUGCAGAUGUUGAUUUCGUUGCUUCAGAUUUAUUAUCUCAAGCUGAACACGGUAUAGACUCUCAAGUCAUCCUUGUCGGUGUAAACUUGUCCGACAAGAAGGUCCAACACAUACAAGAAGCUGUUCAUGAACAAGCUCUGGCUCUACCUAGAGUUGACAUUGUCCGUCAAUGUAUUGCUCACAGUACUAUCAUCCUAUGUGACAACUAUCCAGAGGCCUUCGACAUGUCUAACAAAUAUGCUCCGGAGCAUUUAAUUUUACAAAUCAACGAUGCUGACAGAUAUGUUUCGUUAGUCGACAAUGCUGGUUCUAUCUUUGUCGGUUCAUACACUCCAGAAUCCUGCGGUGAUUAUUCCAGUGGUACUAACCAUACCUUACCUACCUACGGUUACGCAAGACAAUACAGUGGUGCCAAUACUGCCACAUUCCAAAAGUUUAUUACUGCUCAACAAGUUACCUCUGAAGGUUUAGAAAAUAUUGGUAAGGCUGUCAUGUGUAUUGCUAAGGUUGAAGGUCUAGAUGGUCACAGAAAUGCUAUUAAGAUCAGAAUGAGUAAACUAGGUUUGCUACCAAAGGAUUUCGUAUAA